AUGAGAACUUCAGCAUUUUGGCAGCAUGAGGUCCCUCGACCUCACUUGUCCCUAGAUGUGGAUUCUAAACUAGCACCAUCUCAAAGGACAUUGACACAGCAGCCAAGUUCAUUGGGGCUGGCUGUUCUGGAGCUGGGAUUGGGACUGUGUUUGGAAAUCUCAUCAUUGGUUAUCAUGAAUCCCUUCCUGAAGCAGCAGCUCUUCUACACCAUCCUUGACUUUUCCCUGUCUAAGGCCAUGGGGCUCUUUUGCUUGAUGGUAGCCUUCCUCAUUCGCUUUUCCAUGUGA